UGUUGAUAUGAGACUUACAGAAAGCGAGAACCAACAGGAGGAGGAGGGACUACAAGUCACUGAGACUCCUCUGCCACUUGUAACACUCCAGGAUUUCCUACCCUGAGGAGACUGAGUGCCACUGUUAGGAUGCACUUCUGCCAUAUUGUGUGCUGGGGACUAGUGCUGGCCGUGCUGUGCUGCAGGACGGAGGCGAAGCCUGUGGUGCAGGCACAUCAGAAGUCACUGCGUGCAUUGUUAGGGGAAGAACUUGCUGAAUACUUGGCCUCUGGAGAAAGGGGUGAAAGGUACAUUGACCCUAAGACUCGUGCUCGACUUCUGAGAGAUCUACGUGCAGAUACACGAUCAAGGGCGGCAUGGACAAGACUGCUGAACGAAUACCCAAACACCCGAAAAUUCAAAGGCAACAAUAAAAAGGGGCUAUCUAAGGGCUGUUUUGGCCUCAAAUUGGACCGCAUCGGAGCCAUGAGUGGCUUGGGGUGCUAGAAGUUAGAGCACCAUCUUGUGGUGGCUCCUAACAUUGACAACGGUUUUCUGAUCACUGGUCAUUAUCCUGUCUUAGUGUAGACGCCCAGCUGAGAAUUUUACGUUUUCCAGAAGAUUCUACAGUGAGGGGACAGGCCGGUACGAUGGGACAUAGGACCUGCUGUUACCACAUCUGUCAUCAUUUUGUUGCCAGCGCACAAGAGCCAUUAAUGUGCGUUUUGUAUGCAUAUCUGUAAUGAGGGCUGCCUAGAUGUUUACAUAUCAGUGUUCAGACACGUGCUUCACCUUUUAGGUGGCCAAGCAGACUGUCCCGUAUGCUCUACACAUGUAGAGUGACUAGGCUCUGUGCAAAACCAUUCCUAAUUCAUGGACUGUCAACGUUUGAGCCGCAAGGAACCUACUCCAGGUUACAAUUAAAUCAUCCUAUACCUGACUUUCAUUUUUCUUUGAGAUUUAACCCUUGACAGCUCAUUACCUACAAAAUGUUUUGAGCUACUGUUUGCGCUGUAAUGAAGCACCGGAGUUCAGUUGCCAACCUGCCAUGUUCAUAGUAAUGACCUGCCUCUACCAGAGAGGUCAGUAAUGCUUGUCCAACUUCAGCAAAAUAAUAGGGUAAGACUGCAGUGCUUUCUGGGACAAAGGUCGGUCUUGAAACCUUAGUAGCUGCUUAACUAUUCUUCCUCCUUUCUGUUAGUCUUAUGUCAGUUUUACGCUGAUCUUAUGGCCAAGUAAAUAAGCUCCAAUGCUACAAAUGACAUGAACGUAAUGUUUCAUUUUGUGUUUUUACUUUUAGAUGUCUAGUGUUGUUACAAAGCUGCACAUAACUAUAGGAAAACAGGGAAUUUACUAUUUUAUUAAGGAUUUCUCACAGAUCUGGGAACCUUAUUUGUAGAGGUUCCAGCCAACAUAUGCGAUACUUGAUACAAUACUAGCAUGAUGUGUGACUUUGCAGAAAUUGUCUACAAGAGUGGUAUGAAUUUAGAUAUGAGUCCUUGUACAUCUCAACUUUACAUAUAUUACUAAAUGUAUCCAACAAUAUAACUUUCAGUAAUUCUCAGAUCCUGACAUUGAGGGCUUGUUAUCUCUACAAUGAUAUAGUUAGUUGCAUGAUUUAGUAUUCUGAGAAAUGGACAAAUUCAGUUAAUCUGUAUGCUGUGGGUUUCACUGAAGUUGUGCCAGACGCACUAGACCGACCAGACAAAGCACACAUGAAGUCUUCACUUACCCCACCAUUUUCAUUGGAAAGCCACAAGCUUUGUCAGAGAGACUUAAUCCAGCAGUGCAAGGAUGAAGUCUCUUGGGGUACUUAUGUAGAUCGAUAUGUAAAUUCUCACCUUGCAUCAAUGUAUUUAUGUUGUAAAGCUAUUUAUAUUGUUUAUGAAGAGAUAUUUAUAAAGAACUUUUAUUUAUGUAAUGAACCGGGUCAAACAUUGUAACAAUUUGUCCUGAAUAGUUGAAACGUUUUAAGAUAUAAAAAAAAAAAAAACUGAAGAAAAAAAGACUUCAUUUCAUGUA